AUACAUCUCUCCGGCCAACGGGCCGGGUAAAAAACUAGUGAAAGUUAAUAAUAAUACUUCCUAAAAAAAAUUACAAAUAUACCUCUUAAUUAUGAACAUGUAACAAAUCAUAUUCUUUUGUUAGUAUUUCCGUCAUUUAAGUGUUAAUAUCGGAAAAGACUAUUUUACCCUCACUUAUCAUCUAAAUAUUAUUUACCCAAAAAUUAUACUUACCUUUCUCUAGCGAAGUUGAAAGCUUCUCGUUACUUUCUUUCCCCCCAUAAAUUACUCUACUAGAGGGAAUGUACAAUAGCACCCCCUCCGGUGGUACUUCAACCCCUUAGAUGCAUUUUUUUAAAUUUCAUAGAUACUUAAAACUCAAUCUCUUUCCAAAUUUACUCUUUCCCUCUCAUCUCUUAUUUACGGGCAUGGAAAAGCCUGGAGGGCGUGAACAUCACCUCAAAACCGUAAAACUCACACAUGUCCAGCAACAACACUCCAUGUCGCGGGCUGAGCAUUGUUCACAGCCAGGAGGGUUGAAAAUCUCACGUAAACCGCAAACUCUGCAGUUCACUGCUUGAGGUGAAAACGGGGCAUGAAAAUAACCUCCAAACCGUGAAACUCACCGUAUUGCGGGAAUAAAAUAGUACCUGUGAGUUUUGAGAGCGGGGAGUUGGGUUUUCACCCAAAAACACCCAAGGGCGAUUCUAGAGAGAGUGAUCUAGGAGGGUUCUUGGAGCUAUUUUGGAGGUACCCAACCCCAUUGGAGCUUGAAGAUCCUCCCUAGAAGAUGAACAUUGAAGAUCUUAGACCCUAUUGUAUUCUCUCUCUUCUCCUCUCUAUGAAUUAGUUUCCUUGACUUAGGUUUAUGAACCCUACUUAUAGAUCUUGGACUUUCAAAAACAAUAAAUGCAAUGGACUCUUGAAGGUGCUCUUUAUUCUUUCUUAUCAAGGUAGGAGUUAUUCGUUUUGGUCUCCUUUUUUAAACUUUGCUCCACUUGGCACAAAAAAAAUUCAAAUUUGCAAAUUGACAUCUCUCCCUCAUGACCGAGAGCGAAAUGCACAUUGUCUUCCCUAUCAAGGUCCCAUGUGGCAAACUUCAAGGUAGGAUUCAUUGUCAGAGCACCAGUUCCCGCCCUGCAAUCCACGUCUCAACGAUAGACGCGUUGCCACACAUGUCGGGUUCAAACGAGAGCAGGGGGCUCAUGGCUCGCUAAAAGGUGAUAUUACCUUGUCAUACGAGCCCGUAAGGAGGAGAGGUAUUUUGGGAGGUAGAAGGUAGUAAAAGAUGAACGAGAUGCUGUAAAGCUAUCCGAACCCCAAACACAUCCUCAAUCGGCUCCGGACCAAAGAGAAGGGCCCUUCGAUGGCUCAACUCGAACACUAUGCCCGGUUACCCUCACAUGAAAACCUCAAUUUUUUUUCAAAAGUGAGUACAUUUACACAUGUUUUUAUGUCCAAAAAGUAGAAAGUCUCGCACAUAGGUCUUACCUAAUUAGCAAACAUUAUCAACUCACCAAAGAGGAAGAUAAGGAUAAAAUCCCUCAUACACCGACAACUCUUGUAAAUGCAAAUUACUCCCUAUAAAACACGCCAUAUCGAUUAUCUAGCAUAUCAUCAAGGUUUCAAACACAAAAUAUAAGCGAUUCAAUACACCAAAAUACAAGUAAUCGACAGCAAACACCCCCACACAUCGAUCAUCAACGUCUUACAUUCAUGAUUAAGGGAGGCUACUACCAACUAUGGAAAAAUCAUUCAUGAAUCAUUCAAACAUGCAUACAAUCCCCCCCCCCCCCCCCCCCCACACACACACACACACUCUUUAGAGACACAUUGUCCUCAAUGUGAGAAUGUAAAGAUAGGUUCAUGAAUUGUUACCGUAGGGUGUUUUGGUGGGUUGGUGUAGGUGUACAAGUGUAGGUCUUUGUCUUUGUCUUUCUGGUUGGUAUAGAAUGAUAAACAUGUCGAAUUCGGCUAGUCUCCUUUGUGCUUUAUUCCUUGGUGCAGUAUUGGAUGUCAAUUUCCAUUUUGUCUAAGAAGGUAUUGGAUCAGAUUUCAUAAGAUUAAUUCAGAAUUUAUAUGGUAUGACGAUAGUCAGGGAAGGCAAAGGUCUCAUGGGAUAACCUAGCUACUAAGAAGAAAGAGGGAGGGUUGGGAUUAAAGAUUUAUAUACAUGAAAUGUGACUUGUUUAGGGAGGCCAGUCUGACUAUUAUUCAUGUAUGGAGGUAGUGUUUGGUGACAUGGAUUAGUCACUAUAGGCUAAACGGCCGAGUUGUGUGGAUUUUACGAGCAACAUUUGUAGGUUCGUUGGAUUUGGAUGCAAUUGUUCAAGUUUCAAAAUUGAUUUCAAUUUCAAAUGGAUGUUGACACUGCGGAAAAUGUACUUGGGAGGGAAAACCCUUUGUGAAAUACCCAGUGAAGUAGGUUUGGGAAACAAUUAGGGUACAUAGACCAUAGGUGCCUUGGUGGCAAGUCUUUUGGAAUAAAUUCAUCAUUCCAAAAUACACGUUUCUUGUUUGGUUGAUAAUUUUGAACAGGAUGAGUACCAAGGACAAGUUCUAGGCAUGAGGGAUAAUAACUGAUGACUCUUGUGUCCCUAGCAGCAAUGGUAUAGAGAGAAGAGACCGUUUAUUUCAAGGCUAUAAUUAUUCUGGACUUUGUAGGUAUUUUUUAGGAGUAGGAAAGUUUAUAGGUAUUUUUUAGGUUGGUUUGAGGAGUUUUGAUAGGUGAUGUAGCCAAUUCUGGACUUUGUCCUAAUUAUUUUGAGGUUUGAUGUAUUGGUCAAGUGAGCUUAAUAUAAAUCCUAAUUAUUGAGAAAUGUUUUUGGAUUGAUGUUUCUACCAAAAUAAAAUUGGAUUGAUGUCACAUGUAGCAUGUAAGGAGCAAAUCAAGUGCAUAAACACUUCCCCCAUUAAAUUUUAAUAGACUAUAUCUCAUUGAUUUUAGUAUAUGUUAUAGUAGUAUGAAAAAUAGACUAUGAUGAUACGAUGUUAGUAUAUGUGGUCCAAAAAUUUCCUUCUAAAAAAAUAUUGAAAAUAAAUAUCAUUCUUUUAAAAAAAGUAAGCCUUCUUAAUGAAUUACUUUCUUAAAAAAAAGGUAUCCAAGUCCUGAGCAUUGAAUCUUACAAUCAAAGUCUGAUUUCAUUCCUUAAUGGCUCUCUUGAGAAAUAAUAUCCAAAUUCACAACAUUUAUUGUUACAAUCACAAUUAAUUUUUCUUAAUCACUUACUUUCCUUAUAAUGACUCAAUAAUUACAUUGCAUAUCCUAAAAUUGUAAAUUCUCAUUUUUUCACUCCAUCUUGUAUAGUAUAUAAAUGAUGACCUACUCAAUCAUUUCCAUCCAGCCUCCUCCCCCACCUGCCUUUUUCACUGCUCUAAAUUGUCAAUCCAUGAUGAAACCCAGAAACAAGUCAAUGGGUUUCUUUUAUGCUAUCAUUUGUAUGUUGUUUGCCUUUGCAACAGUUGCUUGCACUGCUCUCAACUCAAUCCCCAUCUCCGGGAUGGAGUAUCAUGCACCUCCAGGGGCCAAUCCGUGCCAUGAACCAGGUCAUCCUUGCCAUCAUCCUCCUUCAACUGAGACGGACCAACAACUUGAGGAUUAUCAGCCUAUUGAUCCAGUACCAAAGCCUCCUCCAGUACCAAGCCCUCCUCCUUUAGCAGAACAUCACUGAAGAUAAUAUGUGUAGUUUAUAUAUGGAGGGAGGAUUAUGCAUGUGAUUUAACUAAGAAUAAUAAUGGUCUUUCACUUUGGUUCUGAUUUGGUUUUCUGAACUUUGUGUUCAAGCCGCUCGUUUCCCUUACUAAUAACUCGUCCUUAACCUAAUUAUCUAUCUUGAUCUUCCUUUUCCUUUUGUAAUUUUAUUAUAUGCUACUGAAUAUAUUGACAAGCGUGGGUAUCUGACACGCUAAAACACAACACCAAACUGCGACCAAGUGUAAUCGUAGUCCGGAAAUGCAGACUAGUGGCAAGUUCUAUUUGUCAACCCGGGGUCUAGAUCUACUACCUACUCCAUGAUUAUCUAUUAUGUAGAAAACUAAGUCGAGUGAUUGUGAUUUUAAGUAAAAGCAGUAAGAAAGCAGAAAAUGGUUCAAAGUUCUUUAGCAAGGGAUGAGUCACUUGGGAAUCAGUCCCCCUAGCUCCUUAGUUAGGUCAAGGUUGUAAUUACCCUGGGUUGAUUAACUAUUGAUUAAACUGCGGAAGAUCCAACAGUAGCUUGGAAUCCCUUAAGCUGACCAAGCCCUCUCAGGUAGACUAACCGGCAGGCGACUAGCCUUCACCGGGAUAGACUGCUGAGUCAAUAAAAGCAGAACUCCACUACUGGAAUUGGAUUCCAGUAAAAAGCAGUAAAUCGAUUAACUCUCGUAUAACCAAUCUACCACUACCGUUUGCUUGUCCCCAAGCAAACGGUAGUGGUAGAUUGGUUAUACGAGAGUUAAUCGAUUUACUGCUUUUUACUGGAAUCCAAUUCCAGUAAGCAAACCAAGUCAAAUACAAGGUAAGCUCAACACAUUUCAAUCAUACCACUUUGGGGACAUAUCAUAUAGGCACAGAACACGUGAAUCAUACUGGCUUUUGAUCAUUUACAUAAGGACAACUCAACAGCAACCUAGACAACCACCACAGAGGACAUUCGAGUGCAGCAAAAUCGGGUAAAGGAAGAGGAAUCCUUUCUGUUCACCAACCAACAUAGACUCGAAUCAAACACUUAACCAAGACAGUCAUCGCAUGCAUCAAACUCAAGACAUCAGAAUCAAGAUCGAGCCAUCUAGGUCCUCACCGGGGUAAAGAGCAUAAAGAACAAGGAAAUGAAUCACUCACUCUCGACCAGUGAGGUCAGGACAAUUUGAUGCAAAAAAUGCGCAUGGCAGCCUCUAAAUGUUAGAGUUCACAUGAGGGAUGUCACCACUAACUAAUCCGGAGGUCUUAGACACAUGUUCAAGUGACUGGAUAGGGUCUUGGACAUGCGAAAAAGACUUUUAGGUGGUGGAAGUAUUCAUAGCACAAGGUUCCACAGUUCCAAACCCAACACAAUCACAGCCAAUCAAACCACUUACUUUCUUUCUGCUAUUCUGCAUUACUUAAAUUCCUUAGAGCACAAGAGCGAAGGAGGUCACAAUAAUGUUAGUAUUUCCAAGCCAGACUGCUAAGAAACACUAAUUAAUGAGCAUGAUUCAACUUUUUGGUAGUGACUCUCUUUUGCUUUCAUCCAUCUUUUUUUUUUUACUUUUUUUUUUAUUUCUUGAGAGAACCACCACCUCUGCACAUUUUUCAAUCACAUGCCCAACUUUUAAGCACUACCUCCAACCCUCACAUUAUUUUUAGCAGAAACAGCAAAGAACAAGUAAAAAACCACUCUGUGGAACCUUCUAAGAGAUGCAAAAGGGUGAUUUUUCAUUGUAGACCGAAAGAAAGUAAAGUACACGGCUCAAAGGGGCUGACUAGGGGGUAUGACACACCAGGACAGUCAAUUUGGUCGUGGGCUAUUCCUAUGCCUCCAUCAUCUUAGCUAGUGACAACGUGAAUGCUACACACAUCAUGGAAGAGGGAUCUAUCGCACAAGAAAGAAACGAGCAGGUUCAAAUCUCACAUGGCUACCUAUAUGCUCUAUAUCUCAUUAUGAUUCCCUGAACUAGAUGCAUAAACGACUGUCAAGAGG